AUGUCGUUCGCAAACGUCUAUACUCACCGUAAAGUCGCCGAGAAUGCUGCCAAGGGCUGCGAUGUCUGUUAUCGCGCCACUAGUAGCGUUCUUGUCGCGGAAGAGAAGAAAGACUUCUUCUACGUCUGUCCUAGUCACUUGAAGGACAAGAACUUCUGCUCUCCCAUCAUCGAUAAAGAAGCCGCCGAAGCCAAGAAGAAGAAGGAAUUAGAAGAAGAGAUUGAGCGUGUCAAAAAAGAAUACGAGGAGAAGCAGAAGAAGAAGAAAGAGAAGGACGCGAAAGACAAGGACGCUGACAAGGAAAAGGAGAAAGAGAAAGAUAAAGAUAAAGACAAUGACAAUGACAAGAGCAAGGACGAAAAGAAGGCUGAAGACGAGAAGAAAACUGAUGACGCUAAAUCCACCGACAAGGAUGGAGCCGGCACAUCAACCCCGUCUACGGAUGAUGAACCUCGCGUCUUUGCACUUCAUAAGAACUUUUAUGGAAUGCGCCUUGAGAAAAAGCGCCAGCUGGAGAUUGCGAAGAGAAAUCGGGAGCGACUUCAGCAGCCCAGUUUCUUCCCAUCAGUCCCUAAGGGUGCACCAGGUAGCUGA